AAAAUGCGCACGUGCGUAAUUGAAAUGCGAUACGAUUGGCCGAGGGACAAACGCAUUCGCAAGAACUCUGGUCGAUGAUCGCUGUUUUGAUUUCGGUCUCCAAUCUGCAAAUCACCAAAAGCGAUCGAUUCAAGAUUAAACAAUUUAAAGAAGCGGCAAAAACUUGCAAAUUUUCGAUUCAGAAGACGCCGCCAAAAUCAUCCAUCAUUCAUACACAAUUCCGUCAUUUCUUUUCGGUUUCUGGAUUUCUGAUGAAAAGUUCUUGCCCUAUUAGUCUACUUGUUGAAGGGGGAUUCUUAGGGCUUUAUCUCGGAUUCAGCCAUUGUUGAAAUUACAGCUCUGAAAAUGAUUCCGAGGAAAGAUAGUUCUCGUAUAGACACUUCAGAGCUGAAAGCGAUGAUCUACCAAAAGCUUGGACAUCAGAGGUCGGAGAAAUACUUUGAUCAGCUCAAAAAAUUGUUAAGUUUAAAGAUCAACAAGAGGGAAUUCGACAAGUUUUGUAUUCAGAUCAUUGGAAGGGAGGUUAUACCUCUUCAUAAUCGGCUUAUCAGAGCGAUUCUUCGAAAUGCCUGUGUUGCUAAAAUUCCCCCUGUUCUUAGCAGUUCUAGGAAAGUAGGAGCCAAUCUCAGUGUCAAGGUUGUGCAUGGAUAUCAGAAGAGUUGUCUUCAAUCGCUUAAUGGAGAUGCAUUUCUCUCUUCCCCUCGUAAGGGCAGGUCUCCGGCUAGUAGAGACCGCAAGAUUCGAGAUCGCCCGAGUCCUUUAGGUCCAUGUGGGAAGCCUCAGAAUAUUGAACUUGAACUUGCUUUCAAGGCACAAGAACAGCAGAGUGCAACUGAGUUGCAUUCGCUUGGUAGUCGUCCUCCUGUCGAAAUGGCAUCUGUAGAAGACGGAGAAGAGGUCGAGCAGGUGGCUGUGAGUCCAGGAGUUCAGAGCAGAAGCCCGGUUACUGCUCCAUUUGGUAUAUCCAUGAACUUCAUUGGAUCUGGUAAAACUCUGUCUAAUGUAUCUGUAGGAAGAAAUUACCAUGUAACAACAUGUCAAAAUGGUGGCAAGCUACCCGACACAAGGUUGCUAAGAACUCAUUUGAAGCAGAAGUUGGAAACGGAGCAGAUUGAUAUAUCUGUGGAUGGUGUAAACCUUCUCAACAAUGCGCUCGAUGUUUAUUUAAAGAGGUUAAUCGAGCCAUGUUUGAAUUUCUCUCGAUCAAGGUGCGAACGAGAGGGGAAUCAACCGAUCACUAACUCAAGAACCAGAUCCCUGGAACAACAUUGGCAUAGAUCUCAACGGUUGAACAACGCAUCCUUGUUGGACUUCAGUGUUGCAAUGCAACUGAAUCCUGAAGUACUCGGAAAAGACCGAACAAUACAGCUCGAGAAAAUUAGUUUACGAGCUUUAGAAGAGUGAUAGUAGCUGAAUAUAUUCAAAAGGUGAUCAUAUAUUGUGAAUAAUUUGAUGGUUUUGUGUCAUUUUAAAGUUCCACGCUUAUUUUUGUGAUUCUUGCAAUGAAAGGUUUUGAGAUCCAUUUUGAGCCUUAAAUCAUGUUUAUUAGGUUAUAUGUAGAUAAAGGCUCCAACGGUCAUUGUCCUGAGGAAUAUGUUUAUGAUCUAAUAAAAGCUUACAACUUCAGAUA